AUGAAGCAAUAUUCACUUUCAGAUCUCCAAUUUGUACAUUCCAAAACUCUCCGCCAAUGGCUCGGCUCUGGAUCUCCUACUGGAUCAGGUAAACUAGCCAUCGUGGACGUCAGAGACUCAGACUAUGUAGGUGGACACAUCAAAGGUUGCUGGCACUAUCCAGCAGGAAAUUUCCACGAGACACUUCCACAACUUCGCCAACGUCUAGUUGAAAAUGAAAUUGACGACGUUGUCUUCCAUUGUGCGUUAUCUCAGGUACGUGGACCAAAAUCUGCCCUCCGCUUCUUGAGAUCCUUGGAAUCCGCCAACGACUCUCAAUUGGAUUUGAUGAAAGUUUGGGUUUUACAAGGAGGCUUUACCAGUUGGCAGGGACACUAUGGAGAAGAUGCUACGGUGACUGAGGACUACGCCAAGGACUUAUGGCAGUGA